AAUGUGUCAUCAUUUACUGUAUUGAGGUGUAUGGUUGAGUUAGUGAAUGUGUCAUCAUUUACUGUAUUGAGGUGUAUGGUUGAGUUAGUGAAUGUGUCAUCAUUUACUGUAUUGAGGUGUGUGGUUGAGUUAGUGAAUGUGUCAUCAUUUACUGUAUUGAGGUGUACGGUUGAGUUAGUGAAUGUGUCAUCAUUUACUGUAUUGAAGUGCAUGGUUGAGUUAGUGAAUGUGUCAUUAUUUACUGUAUUGAGGUGUAUGGUGGAGUUAGUGAAUGUGUCAUCAUUUACUGUAUUGAGGUGUAUGGUUGAGUUAGUGAAUGUGUCAUCCUUUACUGUAUUAGUUUGCAUUGUGCUUCAUCGUUUGUAUCAUUAUUUACGGUAUUACAUGUAGUUUGCAUUUUGCUUCGUCGUUUUAUGCAAAAGUUGCAGCCUUCCAUCUGUAUUACUGUAAAAAAAUAAUAAUAAAAGCUUUAUCUUUAUUUGUUUUUUCUUUUCUUAUAAUAUAUUUAUGUCUUCUUAACCUUAUUUGCAUAUAUUGUAACUUAAUUAUUGUUUGCUCUUAGCCAUUUUUGUUUGUUUUCUUUCUUUUAUUAUAGUUUGUGGUAGAGAACGACCCAACCCCAUGGCAAUUAACGUUGCUCGAUAAAAUGUUCAUCUUAUAAUUCAUACAUUUUGGUCAUGCUUUGCUAACAGUUUAAACUCUCAUGUAAACUACUAUUUAGUUAUGUUUAUUUUUUAUUUUAUCAUCGUGAUUUAUUAUCUUUUUCCCCUUUAAUUUUAGUUAUAUGUAAUGUGGUUUAAAUUUAAUGCUUAAAUCCUAUAGUCUUCUGCUGGUGUAUAUUUAAUUCUUAACGUUUGAAAGUGUGUAUUUAUGCUUGUAAAUAGGUGCAUGUGUUCCGCAUGCUUACCUUUGUAUUUCAUUUUGUCUGUGGUGGUCGGAUUGAUUUUAAAAGAUUUGAUUGAUUUGAACAUAUUUUAUUGUAUAAGAGCAUAUUAUACAAAGGGUUUGAACACCAGUUCUUUCAACUUACGGGGUUCUCACCUGAAAUACAACUGUCAAUAUACUAAUUAAUAUCAUAAAUAAACAUAAUCAUUUCUUAGUUACAUUGAAUAAACGGAUAGAUAUACAUGUAUUAAAGGUUAGUAAUUUGAAUAAAGCAUGGUGUUAGGUCGUGUAAACAGACGGUUUAAGACCUCCGCUCCGUAGAGGUCUUCUUGUUUGAUUAUGUAUUGUACACAGUGCCAACUCCGAAUAAAAUUUACUUUGAUAAUAAGUUCAUACUCUCUCUCUCUCUCUCUCUCUCUCUCUCUGGGAGUGGGUUGGUUGCUAAAUCGAUUCAUGCAUUUGAAAAAUUUCCAAAUCAAUGCCCAUAGGUUUUAUAUCAACCUCGAAGUCUAGUUUCUCAAUUGUUUUAUCAAUUCUCAAACUCUUUAAUUAAAAUUUCUAUUCUAUUGACAGCGAACAUCUCUUGUGACCCCAGCACCCGAAAUAUAUCACCGGCGUAGUGCCCAUGACGUCCUACUCUGUGUAAAUAUCCCCUAGAGUCAUUGAAAACAUUGUCUUAUGAACCUAUGCAAGGCCUGUGUUGGGGAGCACCUUUCGGAUUCAUCUAAUAGACACAAACUUGUGUCCAUUAAACACAGAAAUUUUACUCCACACUAACCGAAAUGUCAAGAUCACGCUAAAAAUCACUGCAAACUUCAAUGAAGAAAUGCAACAUUCCUGUUUGUUCUACCCGCGUCACCUCAGGUUAAUACAAAGAUCACGAUGUAUCAGAUGUUCUGGAAACAUUCACCGUAUUCAGCUCUAAAAUACGAAGUUUAGAAAAAGAUUUAGAAGAACUUUACACCAAACUUUAUCUCCGAUAUGACGAAAUGGUUUCCGAUGUCCAAAACGGGAAAGGGAAACUGACAACGGCCGACCAACAAGAAGACUGGUACUGGGGGAUCACCGCCAUUGUCAACCAAAGGAAAUCAGAUAUUGAGGAGAUGUAAAAAUAAAUAACUUGACGCGUUAAAAUACAGGUGAAAUCACACAGAAAAUUACAAAGCUCAAACAGAUUAUUUCCGACUUGAAAUCAAUCCUAGAAUCAAAUGACGUCUCCUUUACCUCUACUUACAAAGCUAUGAAUUCCGAGUUUAGAACAGUACCUCCUAAAGUCCUAUUUACAUUGCCAAGUUUUUCUCCUCAGAAAAUAAACAACGAUCAGCUUAAUGAAAUGGUUGGUUGUCUGUCUUAAUUAUCCAUUAACACAGAAAUAACUACGCAAUGACAUCACCAGAAGCUGUAUCGUCUCAUCCAGUCAAACCACUGCUUGAUGAACCCCUACUCACUGCCAUUAUAGACACUGCGUAUAACAGACUACGCAGUGUUAGCUGUCUCAGUGAUGAACAAGUGUGGGCACGUGGGGACAACAAAACCAUGAAGCUUCUCAACCUCAAGGGUAAACUACUAAAAUCAAUAAAAACCAAGUCGGGGAUCUGGCCACAGGACAUAGCAGUGACAAGGAACGGAUAUCUUGUUUAUACUGAUUGUUAUAAUAACACUGUAAACCUAGUGAAGAAUAAACAUAUACAGGCCAUGCUAACACUACAGGGGUGGACACCGCGAUUUGUCUGCAGUACCGCCUCUGAUGAUCUACUGGUUACCAUGGACAAUGAUGAUGAAACACAAUCCAAAGUUGUGCGUUACUCUGGCUCCACAGAGACACAAACCAUUCGGUUUGAUGAUCAGGGUCAACCUCUUUAUUCAUCUCAUUUCCUUAAAUACAUCAGCGAGAACAGGAACCUGGAUAUCUGUGUGGCUGACCGUGAAGCUAAAGCAGUAGUGGUGGUCAAUCAGUCAGGAAAACUCCGAUUUAGAUACACUGGUCAUCCUUCUAAUACCAAAGACUCAUUUGAUCCAGUCGGAAUCGCUACAGACAGCCAGAGUCAUAUUCUGACAGCAGCCACUGACUGUAUCCACAUCCUAGAUCAGGACGGACAGUUCAUCCGUUACAUUAACAACUGUGGUUUACGCGAUCCAUACGGUUUAUGUGUGGACAUCAGAGACAACCUCUUUGUGGCUGAAUGUGUUACUGGUAAAGUGAAAAAAAUCCAAUAUCGAAUGCAUCCCUGGCGUUGUGCUCAGGAAGUCAUCCAGUGUUACCUCUGUGAAACUGUCCCCAUACAGGGUCGCUGUGAACUUUGUCGUAAAAAUCUAUGUGAAGCCUGUGCUGAGAAGCAUGUUUCGGAUUCUUCUAAAAUACACAAUGUCGUGUCCUAUUUACGCAGGAAAUUUACUCCAAAAUGUCCAGACCACCCAGAAAAACACUGCGAACUUCACUGCAAAACAUGUGACGUUAAUGUCUGUUCUUUCUGCAUAUCAUCUGGUAAACACGAAGGACACACACAAUCAGAUAUUCUGGAAAAUUUCAGCUCUGAAACAAGGAAUUUACAAAAAGAUUUGGAAGAAUUGGAGACCAAAAUUUAUCCCAGAUAUAAAGACAUGGCCUCCGAUAUCCAAACAGAGAAAUCCGAGUUUGAAACGAAUUACUGGAAACUAACAACAGCUGCCGACCAACAAGGAGAAGUCUGGUACCAAGAGAUCACCGCCAUUGUCAACCAGCGGAAAUCUCACAUUGAGGAGAUGAAAAACAAACACCUAUCUACCUUGGAUAAAAAUACAGAAGAAAUUACACAGAAAAUCACUGAACUCAAACAGAUCAUUUCCGACUUGAAAUCAAUACUAGAAUCAUAUGACGUCUCAUUAGCCUCUACUUACAAAUCUAGGAAUUCCGAAUUUAGAAAAUUACCGCCAAAAGUCCGAGUUACAUUACCGAAUUUUUCUCCUCAGAAAAUAAACAAAGAUCAGGUCAAUGAAAUGUUUGGUUCUCUGUCACCACUAUCCAUUAACACAGAACAUAGCGACAUAAUAAAGUCACCAGAAGCUGUAUCCUCUCCACCAUUCAAACUAUUGAAGUCACCAGAAGCUUUAUCGUUUUCCCUAGUCAAACCACUUCUUGAUGAACCGCGACUUACCGCCACCAUACACACUGGGUACCAGAAUCUAUUCAGUGUUAGCUGUCUCAAUGAAAAAGUCUGGACACGUGGGAAUGACACGAUUCUGAAGCUCCUCAACCUCAAGAGUAAACUCCUGACAUCAAUGCAAACCAAGUCAGGGAAUGAUCCAGGGGACAUUGCAGUGACACGGGACGGAGAUCUUCUUUAUACUGACUACAGAAAUAAGACUGUAAACCUAGUGAAGAAUAAACAGAUACAGAUAGUUAUCAGAUUACAAAGGGGGUUGAUACCUUUUAAACUACAGGGAUGGAGGCCUCUCAAUGUCUGCAUUACCUCCUCCGAUGAUCUCCUGGUUACCAUGAUUAGUGAUGAUGAAACACAAUCCAAAGCUGUCCGUUACUCUGGCUCCACAGAAAAACAAACAAUUCAGUUUGAUGAUCAGGGUCGUCCUCUCUAUUCAACUGGUAAUUUCAGUAAAUACAUCAGGGAGAACAGGAACCUGGAUAUAUGUGUGGCUGAUUGGGGAGCUAGUGCAGUAGUGGUGGUCAAUCAGUCUGGAAAAUUUCGAUUUAAAUACACUGGUCAUCCAUCGGAUACCAAGAAAUCAUUUUAUCCACGCGGCAUCAUUACAGACAGCCAGAGUCACAUCCUGACAUCAGACUUUGUCAAUCACCGUAUCCACAUCCUAGAUCAGGACGGACAGUUCCUCCGUUACAUUGACAACUGUGAUUUACGCGAUCCAUGGGGUUUAUGUGUGGACAUCAGAGAUAACCUCUUUGUGGCUGAGCGUGACACUGCUAAAGUGAAGAAAAUCCAAUACCUAUAAAGACAGUGUACAUUACACAUAGUAAAACUGUUAAUUACAUAUUUAAGUAGAGUGCUAUUAUCGGUCGACAGGGGAUGCUUACUACUCCUAGGUACCUGAUCCCACCUCUGGUGUGUCCAGGGGUCCGUGUUUGCCCAACUAUCUAUUUUGUAUUGCUUAUAGUAGUUAUGAGAUUGAUCACCGUUCGUUAUUUUUACCUUCUUACAACAGUGUGUUAAUUACAGCAGCUUGUUAAGUACAAUCCUGUGUUCAUCACAGUCUUGUGUUUGUGAUGUGUAAUUAACAUGUGUUUAUCUGGUUAACUGAUUGAACAUUAUAGUCUC